AUGUUCAUUGGUUCUGGAUUUUCAUCUUCUUCCACUGCUGAGGAAGUUACUGAAGGGAUCGAUGGCACUACCCUCACUGCUAUUGUCACAGGGGCAACCAGUGCUAUUGGUGCUGAGGCGUGGUGUCCAUGUAAUUAUGGGGUGAGAAAUUUGAUUGCUGCAAAAGAUAUAAAAGAAGCAAUACUUGAGAAGACUCCUGCUGCUAAAGUUGAUUACAUGGAGUUAGACCUUAGUUCAAUGGCAUCUGUUCGAAAUUUUGCGUCAGAGUUCAUUUCAUCUGGUCUUCCAUUAAACAUUCUAAUGAAUUUUUGCAACCCCUUUCACUCUGACGAAGGGGUAGAUAUUACUGCUAAUUCUCUUCAUCCUGGAGCUGUUGUCACCAAUAUUUUUCGUCACACCAGUGUACUGGCAGCUAUUUUUAUAAGUAUAGAGGGAGCUGCAACAACAUGCUAUGUAGCAUUGCAUCCACAAGUGAGGGAAAUCAGUGGCCAUUAUUUUGAAGAUUGUAAUGUUUCCACUACAAACUCAAAAGCAAGGGACCUUGAUUUGGCCAAGAAGCUAUGGGAUUUUAGCUUCAACUUGAUCAAGUAG